AUGGCGAUUAGAAAUUUUGUCCUGCCGUCUGGGCUUUUGACAGCCCCUUCACAGUCCCCCGCCGCCACCUCCGCAUCAGUUCUGCUUCCCGUUCUCCUCUUGGCUGGGAGUCGCUGCACGCUGUGUCCAGCCAGAAAGCUUAAGAAAGAUGUAGAGCCAAAGAAAAUGUUUAUAACUAAGGAGGAGCUAGAAGAGAGAAGAAAAGACACAAGCCGCAUCAAGCCCUUUGGUUUAACAGCCUGGAAACCUGUUGAUGAUGUUUAUGUAGCUCGUUACUACCCCAAGCCGAUUAUUGAGCCGGAAAUAGCAGUUGAGAUGCUAAAAACCUUCCAGAGGUUAGAAUUUACUAACCCAGACCAAGACGUACAUCUUCAACUGCAACUGGACAUGAAGCUGGAAAAAAAGAAUAAAUUGAACCCUUUUGUUGGUUAUGUUCACUUCCCAUUCCCAUUUGUGAAGGAACGAAAUAAAAUCUGUGUGUUUACCGAGAACGCAGAAGAAAUUGAGCUUGCAAAAAACAGUGGGGCUGCAGUUGUUGGAGGGACUGAACUCAUCCCUGAGAUUCUGAAUGAUGUAGUGCAAGCGGAUUUCUAUAUAGCAACACCUGAAAUUGCUUCAAAACUGACUAUUCUAAAAAACAAACUAAGGAAGAAAUUUCCAAAGAACAAAAGAGGUUCUGUGGGUAAUGACAUUGCCAACAUGAUUAAGCAGUUUGAAGCCAGCUAUGAAUAUAUUGUAGAAAGGGAGUGUAUUGUCCGGACUAAAAUAGCAACAUUGGAUAUGCCUCUUGAACAGAUAAUCGCUAACAUGGAUGCCCUAUUGAAAAAUGUUUGUGAAUACAAGCCACUGAACCUUGGACCUUUUGUGGAGAACGCUAUUCUGACAAGCGCUACAAGUGAGGCACUCUACAUCGAUUUUCAGAAAUUCCUUCCACAAGAGCCAGUCAAAAGUGAAGACUGAAUGGAACUUUGUAAAGAUGGCUUGUCCUGCACCAU